GCCUUUUUAUUUCCCUUCACCACCGCCCUCUUCCUCUCCACAACACUCCCUCCCUCCACGAGCCAUGCCAGCCUAGGACCACAGCACAACAAAAUGGUGUUCAAGUCCUUCGCUGCUAUCGCGCGCCACUCGGCCCUCGCGAAGCAUCUCUUCGUCGCCUCCACCGCGACCUCGGCCCAGCCGGCUUUCUUCGUCUCGACCCAGCAGCUCGCGCGUCAGCAGGCAACCGCCCAGGCGCAGCAACUCAUCUCCCGCUCCGUCCAGCACUCCUUCUCCUCCGGUCCGGGCUCUUCCUCCUCUGGUUCUCACCCGUCUGCUAACGGCGCUGCAUUCCCUUCCUAUGCGCCUUCUUACAACGCCGGCUCGCUCUCCGUCUCGACGUCCUCCGCCUCCGACGACGACCGCCGCCGCGACACACUCAAGAACUCGCCCGUGCGGACAAACGCUGUUUACUUCUCCGACGCACACAUUCUUUCCUCGCCAAAUACUUCACAAAUACGCACUGUCUCUGUCUCGCGCCGGAUAGCAAACAGCGAUGACUCUUCCUCCGUGCACUCGUCUUCCUCUGCUGACAGUGAGCCAUCGUCCUUUGACGACCGCGUCGACACUACCGGCUUUAUCACUGGCGAGCGCCUUGUCGAAGUCGACGAUGCUACCGCUGCUGAUAUCAUUGCCGCAAACGAACAGCAUCAGCAAGUCCAAGUGUACAAACAGUACUACCAUUUCCAAGAAACCUCACAGCCAAAACCACAAUCCGAAGACACUCCCAAGCAAGAGCUCUCCAGCGAGCUCCCCACAGACCCCUUCAUCUUCGAAAAGCUACCUAAAGUUGAAUAUGUCGCGGACCCGAUCGCGCGCUUCCUGGCAGAGGACGAGGCCGUCAUGCACCAGUACUUUCUCGCAAAGGACUAUGAGACCGUCAUCAACAUCUACUCUGACCUUCGCAGCAAGCAGAAAGUCCUUUCGCUCAGCGGCUUCCGGUGCACGCUCGAGUCGAUCGCAAACAUGACGGCACGCGACCAAGUCAUGAGCAACGAGCACGUCCAGCUGCUGCUCGACACAUAUCUGUAUAUGAUUCAAAACAACGUUAUCCCGAAUGCCGAAACAUACGCCGUCGUCAUCAACGCGCUCACGUCCCGGUACCUCGCCAUGCGCAGAGUCGCGCUCAAUCGCCCCGGCAGAAGCAGCUCGCAACUCGCGCCCCAGCUCGGCGAGCAACUUGCUGAGACUGACCCGUCAUUGAAACUUGCGCUCGACGUGUUCUUUGCCAGUACCGUCGUCCGCGUGCAAGCUUACCCGAUUUGGGUCUACAACAGGUUGCUCGAGUGUCUUGCCGCGACCCAGCAGACCAAGCAGGCUAUCUCCGUCUUUAAGGCUCUCGAGUCGGCGGUCGAGCAAGGUAAAGUGGCUUACUUGGCUGACACGUUUGUGCAUCUGAUGAGAGUCUUCCAGACGGAUGUCAAUGCCGCGCUUGAGAUCUACGAGUUCUACAAGUCGCUUGUCGGCACCCUUGCCGAUCGCAAGGAGCUCGAGAUCUACAGCGAGCUUCUGCGCGUGCACCUCAAGUCUGGCGAUGACUUUGGCGGCCUCGAGCUCUUGGAGCGAAUCAUUGCCCUUCCGUCAUUCGACAUCACCACAAUGUUCACGCCCUUGGCCGAUAUCGUCAUCGAGCACUUUACGACCGCCUCACCUGACGGACGCGAAAGGGCUUGGCUGUGGCUUUCGAGAAUGCUCCAGGAUGGCCUUCCGCUGCCUUCGCCCGUGACCAUUGGCAAAUUGCUCUCGGCAUGCUCGCUAUCUGAGCAGUACCUGCUCGCUGACGAGGUCUAUGACUGCCUGCUUAACCGAAGCGACAUCGGACGAGCUGAGUCUGCGGUCUCGAAUUAUUUCAUCAGACUGGUCUCCGACGACACCGUGGUCGGCGCCCAGCGACUUCUCGCGGUGUUGGAAGAUGUCUUGACGAAGAAUCUUCGCGUCGACCUCCCGAUGGUCCGCAAGGCAGGCGUCUACCUCCUCAAGCACCCCUUCUCAAACGAAGACAUGGCGCACCAGGCGUUUAUGUUUCUCCAGAUCCAGGUCGCUGCGAUGCCGGAGCUGCAGCUGCAGACCCGCGGACCAGCAAUGGCAGAGUCCAACGCGCUCCUGGUCGCCACUUUAACCGACAUGCUCAACUCCGUCAACUGGUCCGCGAUCGAAGACGCCGACGGUCUCAUGCGUCGCGCGUACUCGGUCGCGUGCCCGUUUGACUUUGACCGCAUCGCCAUCUCUGCGCCGCAGCCGCCUGUGUCUUUGCAGACCCUGUUCGCGCCGGCGUGGACCCGGCUGGCGAAUAACGAGCCUAUCCCGCUUGAAGAUUUCGACGCGAUUGUCUUUUUGCACGCCCGUGCCGUGGUCGCGCUGCCGUUGUCGGAGUUUUCGAAUACGGUCGUCAAGCACUUGAGUGCUUUGCUUUCGAUCGCCGCCGAGGCGGGAAUCAUCUUGUCGCCUGAAUCGAAUCACUACGUUACGCUGGCGGCGCCGAGACUUACGCAGUCUUUUGCCCCAGCUCCACCUACCCCAGUGUCUGCGCCGCCUGCUCCCCAGCCCAACCCCGUUGCGCAGACUAUGCAAGCUGAAGAUGCGGGAGUUGACGAGGCGAUGGAGGCGGCCGUGCGUACUGGCCGGCUGCAGUUUGACGAGCAGGAGUCCGAGGCCGUCGAGCAUUGCAUCCAGCGGAAAACCCAGACGCCCGCGCAGCUGAUGGAUUCGAUCGAGCAGCUUUACGGCGCGGGUCUACGGAUCUCGACCGAGGUUUCUAUGAAGAUGAUUGAGUAUGCGGGCGAGGGCAAGGACGUUGCCGCCGGCGAGCGGAUGUUUGCGCUGUUUGAGACCACUGUGCCGCCUGUGCACGAGCGGCCUGCGCUGUAUCAUGUGUGGAAGAGCGUGUACUCUGCGAUGAUCAAGAUGUACUUCCAGUGCCAGGAGCGGGAUUCGCUGGCCCACAAGAAGCGGCUUGUGGAGUUCAAGAACAAGCUGAUUGAGAUCGGCUCAGCUCCGGAUGCGAACGCGUACGGGAACUUCAUUGUGAAGUUGAAGGCCGCGGGAUCGCACGACGAAGCGCGCGAGGCUUGUUUGCUGUUCAACGAGGCGCUCGCGUAUGGCAUUUACCCGACGACGUUCCUCUACAACGCCCUGCUGUCGAAGCUGAGCAAGGCGCGCAAGUAUAAGCUUGCGCUCAUGUAUUUCCGCGAGAUGGAGGAGUACAGACUGAAGCGGAACUCGGUGACGUACGGCACGAUGAUCAGUGCGAGCUGUCGGGCUGAGGAUAUCGUGACUGCCGAGCAACUUCUGGUUGAGAUGGAGGCGCUGCCAAACUACAGACCGCGCGUGGCGCCGUACAACACCAUUCUGCAGUACUACAUCUUCAACCUCAAAGACCGCGCAAAGGCGUUGAAGUUCUUUGACUCGAUGAAGCAGCGCCCGGUCGAGCUCACGCCGCACUCGUACACGCUGCUGAUCUCUGCGUAUACACGGAUCGAGCCUGUUGAUAUGGACGGCGCGCGCGAGGCGAUGAAGACGAUCGAGCGCGACGGGUACGCGGUGAAGUCUGAGCACUGCGCCGCGCUGAUUGCCGGGUUUGGCGGGACCGAGGAACGAUACGAUCUUGCGCGCAAGCUGUUUGACGAUUUCAUCUCCUCUGGGCGGGUCACUCCCGACGUGAGCCUGUAUCAGCAGUUGAUUGAGGCGUGCAUCGCGAGCGGCCGCUUGGAGGAGACGACCGAGAUCUUGAAGGACAUGGAGUCCCGCGACGUGACUGUGAGCGUGUACGUGAUCAACAAGCUGAUCGAAGGCUGGGCGCAGACGAACCUCGCAGUCAGCCAAUCGUUCUUUGACAUUGCCUACACGAACGGCAUCGCCGGCCCGUCAACCUACGAAGCCAUGAUCACGGCCAACCUGGCGCACGGCAAGGUCGCGGCGGCAGAGCAGGUGCUGGACUUGUUUGUCAAGCAGAACUAUCCCGAUCCUGUGCUGGCGGGUGCGAAGAAUAUGAUUCGCGAGUGUCGGUGGACGUUGAAUGCGCGGAAUUCUGCUAAAGGCGCAAAGUAUUGAGGUUGCAAAAGUUCAGUUUGCAUCUGUUUUUGAUAUAUGAGAUUUUCUUCUGGAGUAUAUGGAUUAUUUAUAUAUAAACUAUUUUUCUUUUUUUUGUUUUGUAUUAUUUUUCUAUUAUAUACAGUUUUUGAGAUAGCUUGGUUAUGCUCACAAUAGAGAGCUUUGAAUAGAUCGAUGUGGAUUCUCCAUCUUGCUUAAAU